AUGUUUGGAGUCUUCAUCCCUGCCCGCCCGGUGAUCCCAGAGAUGGGCACCGUAUCAACAAACCAAUUCGCCGUCUCCUUCCCUGCGACACCACAGCUCCACAAUGUUGGCAUCUUCAUGCACCCAAACAAACUACUUCCCCCCGAUACCGCAGCCGGAGUGUACAUGCAACUUCCAGGAGAAGCAGGCUUCAAGUUUCUGGGCGCUAUUGGCAACGAGAAACCCUCGGCCUUGUUCAGAGUAAAUCUCCCAGACAAUUUGACAGCCGGCGAUGUGAAUCUCGGUAUCUCCGUCGAACCGGCGUCGAAUAUCCAGGCGCAAAUGGCGCAGCUUCAACAGACACCAUCGACCUCCAACGCCGUGGCCAAGAGACCUCCCGAUACUAGAGUACUGGCUCAACGUAUCAUCAAGGACGCGUUCAACUUUCUCGCCAGCUUUGCCGGGAAUACGGUGAAUGGGAUCGAAGUGGUGCCAUUGAAGAGUUUCCAGGAUUGGUGGACCAAAUUUGAGAGGAAGAUUCAAAUUGAUCCAGGUUUCUUGGAGAGGGAAGAUGAAUGGAAAUGA